CUGAUUUGCCGGAUCUCUUAUAUGAGCCACCACCUGUCAAUUACGAUACACCUCAGAAUUACUGCCAUGAACUACGUCACAGACUUACAAUGGCUCAUGAAACAGCACGAGAGAAACUAGCCAAAUCAGCUGAACACAGAAAAGAACUGUACGAUCGAAAUUCGCAAAGAGCAACUUACAACAUAGGCGAUCUCGUGUACAUUGAAGUAAAGGCCGUUAAACGAGGAAUAUCAAAGAAGCUGUUUCCUAAGUGGGAAGGCCCGUACCACGUGAUUAAAAAACUAUCUGAGGUUACGUAUUGUGUCAAGAAUGCCCGCACUGGGGAGCGGAAAGUGCUCCACGUGAACAGGAUGAGGAAAACGACGGCAGGCGAAACGCGAAUCCCGGAGUUAGCAGACAACCACCACAAACGCUCUCAAGACGAGGGAUGCUCUUUCUCAUCCUUACCUCACAAUUUGGCGCCACGGGGACCUGCCGGAAACGAAGGAACAACGGUCGGGUACCCAGAUAGAGAGCAGAUCGCACCGGGGAUUUUCGAAGAGCUCGACGUGACCGGGAGAAUGACCACCAAUGGGCAGCAGACAAUGCCCCCAAUGUCUUCGGUUGAACGUAUAGAAGAGUUGCCAAUGGCACCCCCAGAACCUUCUGGAAUGUCCCAUUCUUACGCCCUCCGCAGUCGGGCACCAGUGUGA